AUGGGAGAAUGCCAAAGCAGCCAAAAUAUUUCCGCCAACAUCACCAAAGUGCAAUCAACUGACGUUGAAGGCGAAUCACUGGAAUUCAUAUUCUAUGGAAUUGUCGCACCAAUCAUUAUUAUUUUCGGCAUUUUUGGCAAUGUCAUAAACAUAUGUAUCCUUCGUAUGCCAAUACUGAAAGGUGUCACAUAUGUGUAUUUGAAAUGGCUUGCAAUAUCUGAUAUCAUGUCUUUGCUGUUUUACAUCACCUUUUCACUAAGGCAACUGGGCUUCCAGUUAAAAUCUUAUGCCGCUGCUGUAUAUUACGCUCAUUUUGAAUUAACACUACUGAACGGAUUCAUGGCAAGUAGUAUGUUCUUAAUUGUCUCACUAACAAUCGAUCGUUAUUUCUCUGUUUGUUUGCCAACAAAGUUUCAAAACAUUCACAACAAGAAGCAGGCGCAUUGCGCAAUUGCUACAGCCUACGUUUGUUCUUUGAUUUUGUAUUUACCAUUAUUCUUCAUAAAAUAUGCUGAUAUCGAUAAGAAAACUUUAGACAGUAUGGACAAAACUGAAUAUAUUCCACACACGAACAAGUGUAUAGUAGAACAUGGAGUUUUUCAAACGUACGUUGCUAUCAAAGAAUUGUGCGUUCGUAUUGGACCAAUUCUAACACUUGCUGUUCUUAAUACUCAGAUUAUUAAUGCAUUUAAGAAGGCCAUGAAGAAAAGAAAUGCUUUAAAAAAUUCGGAGAAUAAAAACAUCGAGGAAAAUGCUAAAACUGGAAGUAAAAAAUUUAGAGAAGAAAAGAGACUUGUUAGCAUGCUAAUUGGAAUAGUGAUACUGACAUUUAUUUGCAAGAUACCAGGGUCUAUCCAUGGUUUUAUUGCAAAACAUGCGGACAGAAACAGUUUUGGAAUGCUGUUGUUUGCAUCGAUUGCGGAUAGCUUAGAAGUUUUUAAGCAUAGCUUGAAUUUUUGUAUUUAUUGCUUGUGCAGUUCUCAAUAUAGAAAGGCAUUUAUAUCCUUGAUAUCAUGUUUCAAAGUUCCUCAAGCUUUUAGUUCGACAUAUAGUGAAUCUUCUUCUGCUCGCUGCAAAGCUCGCACAGAUGAAGAAAUUACACACGAAUAAAAAUUGAAACUUACAACAGUAAAACAUUUUUUAAACUUAUGUGCAUCGUUAUGCUAAUGCAAAAUUUAUUUCAACAUUUGUUUCUAACUAUGCAUUUAACGUUAGCGUCCAUUGCUAAAAAACUUUUUAACGCAAUAAAUAUUAAAUUUUUGAAUUAUUUUCAUGUACAGUUUGCAAAAAGAAAAUUGAUUUUUAUCCUGUAUAUCAUAUUUCAGUUCCCUUAUAUUAUGUUUCAAAUUUUCUAUACUUUUAGUUCAACAUAUAUUGAACCUUCUUCUGAACUAUACAAAACUUAACAAGUUCUAGCAAUGGUAUAUCGAAAAAAUAAAUAAAUAAAUAAAUUAAAUCUUUCAAUAGUAAAAAAAAAUUCAUUGAACUAAUAUGCAUAGAUAGAUUUAUGCAAAAUUCCUUUCAAUAUUACAAAUAAACUAUUAUUAAUUGGGCACUGCA